AUUUCUACGACGCACGCAGCGGAAUUUCUAUUUCCUCCUUCUUCUCGCGAGUCUUGCGUCCCAGGAGCAACCGGAAAUGAUUUCUUUCCUGGAGGCUGUAGGAGCCUGAGCGUCAGGAACAGGUUAAAGGUUAGAUUGUAAGAAAAGGAAAUAGAAGCCAUGUUUCGAAGACCUGUAGUGCAGGUCCUUCAUCAGUUUGUAAGACAUGAGUCUGAAAUAGCUGGCAGUUUGGUUCUCGAAAGAUCUCUGAAUCGUGUGCAGUUACUUGGUCGAGUAGGUCAGGACCCUGUCAUGAGACAGGUAGAAGGAAAAAACCCAGUCACAAUAUUUUCUCUAGCAACAAAUGAGAUGUGGCGAUCAGGGGAAAAUGAAACACACCAAAUGGGUGAUGUCAGUCAAAAGACCACGUGGCACAGAAUUUCAGUAUUCCGACCAGGCCUGAGAGAUGUGGCGUAUCAGUAUGUGAAAAAGGGGUCUCGAAUUUAUGUGGAAGGGAAAGUAGACUAUGGUGAAUAUAUGGAUAAAAAUAACGUGAGACGACAAGCAACAACAAUUAUAGCUGAUAACAUUAUAUUUCUGAGUGACCAGACGAAAGAGAAGGCAUAGAAUGGACGAUUCUUCUUUGGCCAUUGUUUGUUAAGGAUUGCUAAGGGGCUAUAAGCAGAAGUUAUUUGAUGGUGUUUCCAGGGACGUUCCUUCAGUGAACUAACUCUGUUGGGAGGCUCAUCCUGUGUGCUUCUCUAAACCCUCAUUUGGCUUUUUCUUGUCUGAAAUGUGGACAUUGUGGCUGAAUCUCCACUAGUGAUCUUGGAGCAUGAUACAGUCUUCAGGAUGGAAGACAGAGAAGAUGGGAUCUGUGAUGACCAUGGAACCACCAUACCAGUCCUGGACAGUCUACUUCUGGACUUCUUUUGGAGACACAAAUAAAUCUCUACCUUGUUUAAGCCA